AUGGAUCGGGGUGUGGGUGCUUAUUGUGCGCUGGUUUGGGCGCCGCUGGCUCUGGUUGCCUCCGGCCCGGCCGGUAUGGAAACAGUGGCGGGUCGUGAUCGGGAGUGGGUUUCAGGGUGCGCGAAGGCGUCGGGGAGCGCCGUCCCCGCCCCACGUCGCAGCACGGAGCCGGAGCCGGAGCCAGGGCGAGCGAGCGGGGGCGGGCGGGAGCGACGAGGCGGCGUGGCGAGGGUUUCUUUUUUUUUUUGGCGGAUCUCUUCUGUCUUUGUCUUCUCCGUGCGGAGUGUGUAUGCGGGUUUUGGUUUUCUGGUUUCCCUUGGCGAGCGCGGCAAAGUGCGAUUGGAGCCUUGA